AUGAGAAAAUGCCAGAGCCUCCGCCGCCUCCUGCACCACACCCUCAUCGUGGUGGGUCGACAGGAAAUUCCACUGUUGUAGAAAAUGGAAGUUCGUCGUCCACUCCAAAUCAAAUGCCAGCUGUUUCCCCAAGCCAUGUCCUUGGGCACCUGCACUCACCUCAGUAUACUCCAGGAUUUGGAUCUGCAACUGUCAGGUUUCUGCCCACCACCAGGAUUUCAGGACCAAGUACUGGUCCUCACCUCUUAAGUGCCAUGGGAUCACUCACCAGUCCUGUGCAACACAAGGUGACACCACACAUGGUCCCAGGUCACCCGGCUGCACACGACAUCCACCACAACCCAGGUGGCGGAGUUGGUCAAAGUCGAGAAAGUGUUGAAGCAGCCAUAGCAGAUAUCAAACAAGCAAUUAGGAGAACUAAAAAUUUGCCUGUUAAAUCUCAUCCCCAAGACAGGUCACCAAUUAACGACAAGGCCCCCGUGUGGAUACCACGGUAA